GAUGCCGAUGAGAAGACUAAGGCCCGGAUCAAGGCCUGGGGCCGGUCCCUCAGCCUCUGCACUGUGGUUGAUCGCAUCUUCGGCGGAGUCCUCCUCACCUCGCUCACCUGCUGCGAAUGUGAAACUGUGCGCUCCAACUUUGAAAUUUUCCUCGAUCUCUCGCUGCCCAUCCUGGAUGAGUCGGCGCGCAGUCCUCCUCAUCUAGGCCGAAAACGAGACCAAUCCGGUACGGAUGCCAUGCCACUGCACCUUCUGUCUCUCUCUCCCUCAUCUUUAUUCUGA